GCAACCGGCCAAGCUACACACAUUCGACGCUUUCACUGCUCGCCAGUCAAUCUUAUUGAGCACUCCCCUUAGAAAUAUCUAGCGUUGAAGGCGGCGUUGCUUCGCUCUGCUCCACUCUCGAUCGCUGGGCGCAUUUGUGGGAAUAUCCUAAGUUCGUAGGGUGAACUCUCAUUUGAAACUUCUCGUUGCAAGGAAACGUCAAGUUCUGUCGCAAUGGCGAAGUCCUUCGCUACAAUCACGCUCGUGCUCGUCGCGCUUCUAUCCAUCCAUCUCGUCCGCGCGUCGUCCACCGUCGACGACGCUAAGACGACGAGCACCUCCGCUACAAGCAACUCGUCUACAAGCACGAGCACGGUGUCCAAACCGCAGGUGUUCGCUUUCGGCGACCAGUACCUGGACACGGGGAUGACGAACCGCCUCGAGUCUGCCGGCUGGAAGGCGAAUGUGGAUCCGUACGGAGUCGACUUCCCGGCAGAAGCGCAGGGCCGAUUCUGCAACGGGAAACUCACGAUCGACCUUCUCACUGACGACAUCGGCAGCAGCGACUACCUCAUGCCGUACCUCACGGAGUCGCUCAUCUCGAAGCAGGGAACCAGCUUCGCCACGGCAGGCGCGGGCACCAAGCCGUGGAUCAACAGCAACAAGACGUGGAGCCUUCAGCAUCAGCUGGAGUUCUUUAAUCAGUAUGCUGCCGACCGCCAUGGAAUGCGCUUCAACACAGCGGUCUUCGUUAUCAGCGUCGGCACCAACGACUAUCUCGACGCAAUUCUAGGGGAGGGAGGCGACAAGGCAGCUUCGGACCUCGUCUCCUCCACUACCAACGCCAUUGCAGACGCCGUCUUGACCCUAUUCAAGACCACGCGCGCCACUAAGUUCGUCGUUUACGACCUGCCUCCCCUCGGCUGCAUCCCCGCCGUGCGCUUAGCUAAGGGCCUCGUGAGCGAGUCGGCUGGGUGCUACGAGCCGGCCAAUCAGAUCGCGGCGGAUCACAACCAGGCGCUGUCGAUGAAGCUGGACAAGAUUCGGGCGGCGGGAGUGAAGGAUUUGAUUCUGUUCCGCAUGUCGGGCGGAUUUGAGAAUCUCCUGCUCAAGGACGGAUCCGCUUUUACCAGCAAGCUGACGCCGUGCUGCGAGGGUAAAACACCCAAGGGCGAGAGGAUUUCUUGCGGGCAGACCGUGGAGGAGGGUGGGAAGAACUACACCGCAUCAGUGUGUGAUGAGCCUGGCAAAUCCGUGUGGUGGGACGACUAUAACCCUACCGAGGCGGCUAAUAACGCGCUCGAGUUCGUGCUGUGGAACAGUAACAGUGUGAUGUACGUGCGACCCAACGGGGUCAAGAAAGCACUGGAGUAGGGGUAUUUGGUCCCUCAAGAACGGUACAGUACGGUCCCUUGAGAACGCUUGAGUGAAGCCCCUCGAGCAGCACUGCUACUGGUAUCAGGAGCGUUGGAGAUUUGUCUGGUUGGCUGGUAAUUAGGCUUCUUUCUGGCCCCCUUGAAUAAGAGUGGUGUGGGGUUAGAGGAGGAGGCAAGAGCGCCGAUAUAUACCAUACCAUGCAUGUGUGCAUGCAUGUGUUCCUGGCCUGCUGGGUGUGCACUCUUGUGUGCACGGUGCAAGGCAAAUAAAGAUGGCGCUGUCUUGUUUUAUACAUCAUCAAUACGUUGAUUCGUCGUGUC